AUGAAGAUCUUAACGAGCUCUUCUUCAAGGCUGUUUUCAAACAACUACAGAGGGGUUUUGUGUGCAAGAGGUAUAGUUCUUAGCAGAACCCAAAUUUGUUCAUUUGGGUACCCGAAAAUUGUCGAUGUUAGCUUCUCCCUUUCAAUUUCUCUUCGACGCGGUACCAUUCACCCCGUUGUUUUGGCUUCUUCUCCGUCCUCAUCAGACAUCCAGACACAAUUGCAGGAAGAUGAGCCACAGAUUGAGGAUAUAUCUCAAUCCCAAACUGUUCAUGUCAAAUUUCAACUAAAUAGAAAGUGCUCAUUUGGCCAUCAAUUUCUCAUAGUAGGGGAUGAUCCUAUGUUCGGGCUGUGGGAUCCAUUGAAAGCUGUACCUUUGAACUGGUCUGAUGGACAUGUAUGGACUGUUGAGCUGGAUAUCCCAACUGCAAAAUCGAUCAAGUACAAGUUCAUAAUGAAAGCAGGCAAUGAGACUAUCCUCUGGCAACCAGGACCAGAUCGAGUUCUUCAAACAUCAGAAACGAAGAAGACGUUAACUGUUUGUGAAGAUUGGGACAAUGCUGAACUUCAGAACAUCAUAGAGGAGGAACCAACUACUAAACAUCAUGAGGAAUCCCUUAUUGAUUCAGAGAAGCUGAUCAUUGCAGAGAACUUGAUUCAGCCAAGAGAAAGCCCCGGCACUGAUGAAAAGAAGGAUAUAACAACCACUGAUGGCUGUGAAACACCAAUAGAGAAGCCAUUGGAUGAGAAACCUAUGGCUAUUGUGGCAGAUAAUAUCACUGAACCAAUGAAAAAACCCCAGAUGAAUACAACUGCUGAAGUGUCUAGUGCUAUUUCAAACAAGGAUAUGGCUGCAGGUGAAAAGAAAGAUAUAACAACCACUGAUGGCUGUGAAAAACCAUUAGAGAAGCCAUUGGAUGAGAAACCUAUGGCUAUUGUGGCAGAUAAUAUCGCUGAACCAAUGAAAAAACCCCAGAUGAAUACAACUGCUGAAGUGUAUAGUGCUAUUUCAAACAAGGAUAUGGCUGCUGGCGAAAACAUUAUGGGAAACAAUGGUAGAGCAGUGAACUUCGAAAACUUGGCAAGCACAAAAAAAGCUGAGGAAAACCUAGUUUCCUAUGAAGAAGUUCCUGUUUUAGUUCCGGGUUUGUAUCCAUUCCCAACAGCAACUAUUGAAGAAGCGCCCCUGGAUGAAACGGAGAAAAACAUUGAGGCCAAUGCCUUGACUGGAAUUGACAAAGCCAAAGACCUCAAUGAUGCACCGAAGAUCCAGUUAGAUCGGAAGGAAGAACAUGGCAAUGACUCACCACGUUCAGUAGAAACAACUGAGAUGAUGCUCAAAGAGAAACAAGAAUUGCAUGACAACCAACAUGUGCAGAUACCACAAUUAGCAGAAGAACAAGACCAGCCCAACGUAAAGCCAUUGAACAACGGUGUCUUUGACAACGAUAUUCAAUGGGGUCGAAGGACUCUGCUUGAGUUCCUUAGUAAUUUAGGAUUCAGAUAGCAUCAGCUGAAGUUACAAGCAGGAAGAAAACAUUUUCUUUAUUAGUUUCAUCCUGUUGUUGUGUGCUACCUCUGAAGAUUCCCAGAUUGUUAUUAUCUCCCUCUGAUGCUUGUGUACCAUGAUAUUUUCUCAGGGUUAUGUAAAAAUUGAGUUCUGUAUUGCGUUAUGAAGAUUUCUUAAAAGCUAUACUAGUGCCUGGUCCUGUAAACUUGUUCAAAAAAUAAUUGAUUGUG